GCAGGCAGGCGGAAUCGGUGCCUGACGCCAAGGGUUGGGGUGUGCAAGGACGGACCAUUACGCUUGCUUUAAACUUGAGUACAUAUUGUGUGUGUAUACUUUUAUUUUAGUUUCAACAUCAUCAAUCUUAAUUUUUAAAUAACAUAACAUCGUGUGAACUCUUCGCUGAAACAGAACGACAAGAAGAUGAUCGACACAUUGUCAGGACCAGAUGCCCUACCUUUUGCUGUACAGCUCAAGGCCCUUGCGGACCAGGAGGGACGUUUCCAGCCCAAACUAUGUGGUUUGAGAAUCAUUGAGACGGCCCAGGACAACGGACUCAGAAUGACAGUCAAGCUGAGGGAGUUUGAAGUGCGGGAUCUCCUCUCUCUGACCCGUUUCUUCGGAUUCAGUGCAGAAACGUUCUCUCUUGCCAUCAGUAUCCUGGAUAGAUUCCUUGCAGUGAUGAAGAUUCAGCCAAAACACCUGGCCUGCGUGGGCCUGUGCUGCUUCUACAUCGCUGUGAAGUCCGCCGAGGAGGAGAAGAACGUCCCUCUGGCCAACGACCUGAUCCGCAUCAGCCAGAACCGAUUCACCGUGUCCGACAUGAUGCGCAUGGAGAAGAUCGUCCUGGAGAAGCUGCACUGGAAAGUGAAGGGACCUACCGCCCUCCACUUUCUGCGGCUAUUCUACUCACGCGUCCAGCAGCAGGUGGAAGGAGAGAGUAAAAAUGUCCUUGACAUUGAGGUACUUGAAGCCCAGUUGAAAGCAUGCCACUGCUGUUUUGCCUUCUCCAAAGUCAAGCCAUCUCUGCUGGCCCUGGCCAUCCUGGCCCUUGAGAUCCAGGAACAGCACGAGUACGGUGACGCUGAAGGCCUUCUUGAGGCCCUGCAGGGGAUCCAGCAGCAACUUGGUAUCAAAGAUGGUGACUUGGUGUGCGUGAGGGAGCUUGUGGGAAAGUGCCUUGUUGAGUAUUCUUCCGCAAAGUGCCAAAGACCAAAUGUCCAGAGACUCCGAUGGAUUAUUUCGGGCAGAACUGCCAGACAACUGAAGCACAGCUACUACAAGAUUGCCCACUUGCCAACAAUCCCCGAGUCUGCCUGUUGACGUGCAGCGGACACGGUGUGGGCAAAUACAUGCAAAACUGAAGUAGGCAAUUGAGCAGGCGUUUCUUUUGGCCGAAAUUAUAUAACGUGUUAUCUAACUACUUCAGUUUUGUCCUUUAGUUGCCCAACACCUGCCCCCUGCCUCUCACUAAGUGCUUCUCCCAUAGCUGCUGAUGGAACUGAGCCAGCUUUGAUCGGUCACAAACAUGACUGGUCGCAGUCGGGUCUUUCUCACAGCUGUUGGUAUUUGACUUACUGAGAUGGUAUCUUACAGGAAGUUAUUGGCUUUAUUUGUUUAUCCCCCUUCCCCCCCUAUUUUAACCUCUCUUUAUUUUUAUUUUGUUGUACUUGCACACCUAUUUAUCUACGCUGACUGGAGUUGAUCUAGUUAUGGGUGGGUUUGAAGGCAUUGGGCAGGAGCAGAGGCCAACACUCCUCCUGCCAGGCUGCCUACGCCUAAUGUACAGUAUGUUCUCUCGCCUGAAUCAGUGCCUGAAGUGGCACCGGUUAUUGUUUAAAGCACUGAAGUAUCGAACCGCCUAGGUCCUCAGUCCACUAUGUGGAAGAGGAGGGAGAAGGGUUUUGUGAAAAUUCGUAAAGACCACGGAACUAAGAAAUCAGGCCCAAAACCCUUAACUUCCACCCUAGGUUGCUGAACUGUCUUAAUGCACACUCCUACCCAAGGUGAUAUAAAAAAUGGAAAGAAACGUAUUCUUUAUGUGAAAGUGUUUUGGCUUUGCCCACUGAGUGACGUUGACUAGAACGUAUGUGUGUUUGUUUUGUUGCGUGUGUGGGUUUUUCUUUUCCUUUUUUUUUUUUUUUUUUUUUUUUUAAACUUUGAUGGAUCACAUACUUUAGUUAGUUGCAGGUACUAACCAGGGUUUUGGAAUUCAGAGUAUGAUUGGUGUUAUCAAGUGUUUCUGGAUUUGCAAGUAAUAAAAUGGUUGAAUGAAGGAAGAUUAACUAGCUUGAGUGAAUUAAAGCAUUUUAAUGGAGUUUCCCAGAGAUCAUUGUCAGGGGAAAAAAAUCUCCUUGACCCAUAUGAAUCUUCCAUUCUUGAGGGAAUAUGGCCUCAUUCAUUACCAUCUAAAGGAACUUAAAGUGGACCUUUCAAUAAAGUGUUAUUGAAAUGGA